AUGAUGCUCGCGACAUUUAUCUCCGUGUUGAGCGUGCUUGCAGUUGAUGGAGUGCGGCAUGAUGCAGACAUGCUGGCUGAAGAGCAUCAGGAAAGCUUGACUGGAAUCUGCCCGUCAGGAGCCAAGGAAACAACAGGUAGGUGGGUCGAAAAUGGCUGGUACAUGCUGGAUGGUUUCUACUACCGCUACAAAAAUUGCGAGACGUGCAGGCAAGCACCUGGCGAUUGGAAGACGUGCGGUACACAAGGGAGCGAUCGUGGCAAGUACACCUAUGGUGAUGGAGGCCGAUGCAAGAGCAAGAACGGCUGCCGCUGCACCGAAACGCGUCAGAGCGGCAAGGCUACGACCGGUUUCAAAAUGACGACGUCAUGUGAAUCGCACACAUCCAAAGCGUGGCAGAAGUGCUGCGACAACAAGUACUCGAAAUGCGUGGCAAUGGCACAGACCUUGCAAUGCCCGUAG